AUGGAUUCAGAGCUGGCAUUGCUCGAGGGUGCAGGUGGCAGUGGCCUUGUACAACUAGUUAACCAAGGAAAAUUCAAGGAGGUACUGCUAGGCGAUGCAGCGCAGAAGAUACUCAGUGAUAUAGAUUUGGAGUAUCUCAAGGUUAGAGUUACAGUCGAUGAGAAGGAUGCGCUGGCUGUUGCUGUAGCACUCCUUCAUUCCUUCAUUCAAGUCAAUUGGACUGGUCCUGACGUUGAUUUCACUUUGGCAGACUUGAAUGGCCUGUGGAAUGACUAUGACUAUCAAAAUUCAACUGCAAUUCACAAACUGAGCUCUGGCGGUGAACCUGCGUAUCACUUGACCAGAUACGCGCCAUUGCUCCUCAUCUCCCAAGCCAUUUUGGCCGAGUUACUCAAAAGCGAUGAAGGUGAACUGCCAUUGGGAUCUGCAAAGUGGUGGCAACUCAGAGCUGCAAUCUCCCAGCAGCACUUGCUCGACGAUUGCGUUCCCCUCCCCCAAUCCAUCCUCGAUGGCGUCAACCAGUCAUUCUCUGAUAGACUUCCCCCUCCUCUCCAAGCCAGACUCACUCUUGAAAUCGGUAUCGCGUAUCACAUGUGCGAAAGGGACAGAGAAGCCUCGGAAACUUUCUUAGAAGCUGCCAACAUGAAUCAACUCAAAUUUCAUCUCACUGGUGCCCUCGGAAAGCGUACGAAAUUCCAACAAAGCGAUAUUACCCAGCUUGUUUUGCUUGCACAGUCCAAAGACAGUCACGACAGUCACGAAAACACUAACGACGCCGAUACUCAAGUCAAGAACCUCCAACUCAACGACGACACCCUCCUCGAACAGACUCAAUUCAGCUCGACGGUUGACGCAUCCGCUCCUUUAUCCCACAUUGACCCAACCAAUCAACCAAAGCUGUCGGCUGUCGAUCAAUGUAUCCUUCUAGCCAUGUGUCUCAAUAUAAAGAACACGGCACCAGAGAAUGGACUCACUAAUUCGCAAAUGGGUGCUUUCGUACAGAGAGUGCUAUCGAAUCAUCAAAAUUGGUCCAUUUACACAAUGGCUUUGCUGCUGAGAAGUAGAUUGGAAGCCCAUCGCACCCGCACCGUCCAACGUUCCACCCUCCAAUUACAAGCCCUAAUCGAUCAAAUGCCGACAUCCGACUCGAGUAAUGUAGAGCGUUUGAAGUACUUCUUCGCCAUGCCAAUGCCAGCUAAGUGGGAGUUAGAACGAGAGCUAGCACAGCGUUUCGUCGCUAUGGGUGUUGUCAGAUCAGCUCUCGAGAUUUACCAGAAGCUGGAGAUGUGGGAAGACACCAUCAUCUGUUACGUCAGUACUGAUAGACAGGGAGAUGCCCUCGAGACAGUGAAAGGUUUACUCGAAGGAAAUAUCGUCGAAUCACAAACUAUCACCACACGCGCCAAGUCAACAGUAGAUUCAAAGACACGUACAAGAAUGGACGUCAUGCGUGUCGCAAAGUUGUGGUGUUUGUAUGGAGAUCUCGACGUGUCCAACUGCGAGAAGCACUACCAAAAGGCAUUAGAGGUGUCGAAAGGAUCGAGUAGUCGUGCGUGGAGAUCUCUCGGUGGAUUGUACUUUGCGAAAGGUGACUAUAAAUGCACUAUAGAAGUGUUGCGCAACGCCGUCGCUAUCAACCCCCUUUUCCACCACUCGUGGUUCAUUCUCGGUUGCGCUAGUAUUAAAGUAGAGGAUUGGGAUAGCGCGAUUGAAUCUUUCGGUAGAUGUGUCGCUGUGGAAGAUGACGAUGCGGAAUCGUGGAAUAAUCUUGCCAGUGUUUAUCUCCGUCUCGGCGAUCAAGGAGUAUCGCACGAUAACAAAAUGCUUGCUUUCAGAGCCCUCAAGCAAGGUUCGAAAUUCGGCUUCGAUAACUGGCGUAUAUGGCAGAACCUCAUGAUUGUCGCAAUAGACGUCGGUCAGUUGGCUGAUGCUGCUAGAUCCGUUGGUAGACUAGCAGAUAUCAGAGGUGAGAAGAUUUGCGGCGAGAAUGACGACUCGAGUGAACUCGACGUUGUCGACAAGAUAGUUGACGCUGUCACACUCGCUCCACGUAACGAAAAGGAUGCUAUUGAGGGUGACGCUACCGCUGAGGGAGCUCGAGUCGCGCACAAUCCAAACGAAGGUCAUGGUCUACUCAGAGCUGUUGACAGACUUUACGAAUACUCGCUCCUCAAGAAGGUAUCGUCAUCGCCUCGCGUUUUUAAAUCUUACGCCAGACUCUGCUUCUGGAAGGGGCAGUAUAGAAACGCGAUCGACAUGCAUCUCAAAGCAUACAGAGCUAGUGUUGGCUCAGACGACUCUGUCGAAAAUGACCUCAAAGCAUUCCGGAGAGCGUCAGAAGCUAUCAAUGAUUUGGUGGAUGUGUUGCAGAACUUUGGUGAUAAGCCUGCGGACGUAAAUGACCCCAACAACCAAGAGGAUGCCUCUCCUGAUUGGAGGUACCAAGCCAAGAGCAUUCUAAGGACGUUCCUUGGGCGCACAAGGACAUCGUUUGAGGAUGAAAAUGAGUAUGAGGUGCUUAAAGAGCUUUUGGCGGAGGUUAAGGGUGCUUGA